GCCCUCGCCCCCGCACAUCGGCCCUUGCGAGAGCGGAGACAGGAAACCCCACCGCCGACGGCCGACCGCAACCCCGCGCUCGUGGAAGCCUUCUCUUCUUCCGUUUUCCCCGUAUCCGGCCACAUUCAACGGACCUAUCUCGGCGUCGGUCUCCCCGUUGCGGUCGGAGGCGCGCCAAUCGUUCGAGGUCGAUCCCUAUCUGGCCGUUGCCGUCUAGUCGUCGUGACCCUGCUGGUGGUAGUGGACGUGAAGGAGUAGUGAAGCAUGGUCGCGUUGAUGAGGAUCGUGAUCUCCUGCUGGAAGCCGGAGGUCCGGGAUGGUGGAUCGGUCGGCCGCGACGACCGCCUCCUCUGGUACAAGGAUCUCGGCCGCCACUCCGUCGGGGAGUUUUCCAUGGCGGUGUCGCAGGCGAAUAAUAUUCUGGAAGACGGAAGCCAAAUCGAGUCGGGCCCGCUGAGCUGGAGGGAGGGCACUUGCGGCACGUUCGUCGGGGUCUACGAUGGGCACGGCGGACCGGAGACGUCGCGGUACAUCACGGAGCAUUUAUUUGCUAACCUCAAAAGGUUUGCAUCAGAACAAGAAGGUAUUUCAGUAGAUGUCAUAAGGAAGGCAUUUUCAGCCACAGAAGAGGGUUUUAUCUCUAUUGUAAGAAAGCAGUGGCUCAAUAAGCCUCAGAUUGCCUCUGUUGGUUCAUGUUGUUUGGUCAGUAUCAUAUCUGGUGGUAUGCUUUAUGUGGCAAAUGUUGGAGAUUCACGUGCGGUACUAGGAAGAAUCGAGCGAGGUAUUAGAGAGGUUACAGCAGUACAAAUGUCCGCAGAGCACAAUGCGAGUUUUGAAUCUGUGAGGGAGGAAUUGCAUUCAUUGCAUCCCAAUGAUCCUCAGAUAGUUGUUUUGAAGCACAAAGUUUGGCGUGUGAAAGGCCUUAUACAGGUUUCAAGAUCUAUCGGAGAUGCAUAUCUAAAAGAUGCAGAGUUUAACUGUGAGCCUUUAAUCUCCAGAUUCCGUCUUCCUGAGCCCUUCCACAAACCGAUCCUUAGUCCUGAACCAUCAAUAGUAACGCAUAAACUUUCUCCUGAAGAUCAAUUUUUGAUUUUCGCAUCAGAUGGUCUAUGGGAGCAUCUGAGUAAUCAAGAGGCUGCGAAUAUGAUUCACAACUCGCCACGGAAUGGCAUUGCAAGAAAACUUGUCAAAACCGCACUGCAAGUGGCAGCAAAGAAACGAGAGAUGAGUUACCAGGACCUGACCAAGAUUGAUCGCGGAGUCAGGAGACAUUUUCAUGAUGAUAUCAGUGUUAUAGUCUUAUUUCUCGAUCCUAAUCUGAUAAGCCAAAACUUCCAUCAUGGUCCUGUGCUUUCACUGAAAGGAGCUGGUGUUCCUGUCUAAGCAAACAUUAGUGGAGCGGUUCCAGAUGCUUCAUCCUGGGCCUCCUUAGAACUGAUUCAAAAAUUUCCCUUACUCUACUAGCACGAAUCUGUUUUCAGGUCGUCACAUAAUUUUAGUAAUCCAAGGCGAGAAGGAUAGCAUGGAAGGAAUAACAUUUUUUUAUCUAACUUGAUAACCUGCAGUUUUGCACUGGAUAUAGAUAACUUUUAGCUAUUACAUAACUCUCUGGUUUGCCUUGACAGUGAAAAAGGCCGGCUUUAAAUGUGUCAAAAUCUUGUCCCAAGUCAGCCUUUUCACUCCAGUGUGGCUGUUUCCAGCUUUUCGUCAUUCUUUUCCUCUGGAAGGAAGUAUUAGCAUGAUGGUGAGACGAUGAAGCUGGAUCCAGCAUCGUAGUUUUAUCGUCUUUCCUCCCAUUUGUGAUAAAGAUAAUAAAAGCAUUUGAUAUAGCAUCCAUCGUUAGGCAAGUUGUUUCAUCAUCACAUAUUCGGAUCAACAAGUAUUUCCAUGCCUUCUAGUAAAUGCCUGUAAUAAUCCAAAAGCAAAUUUGUAAAGCAGCCCUUGAAUAAGAUAAGAACAACACCAUGUCAAUAAUUUUUUAUUA